AUGGACUUCACGACAAAGUUGAAGUACGGUUUGAACCCCGCCGCGAAAGCUUCUUCUUCGAAAAACAAAAAGAAGCCGAAGCUUGUAAAUCUUUUCGCGAACGAUGAAAGCAGCGACGAAGAAAACGACGACAACAGAAACGGCACGAUGAGCGAAGCAGAGAGAGCGAAAAAACGACACAACGAGGAGAUUAAACGACAGCAAGAAGCCGCACAAGCAAAGGGAGACGCCGAAGCUAAGGAAAUCUACGAGAAGGCUUUGAAAGAAGACCCGAACGUGUUCGCAUACGACGAUGCAUUAACUGAUAUUAAAAAAGGAAGAGAAGCUACUUUGCGAGAAAAAGACGGGGAAAAAAUCGAACGGAAAUCGAGGUACAUCGCUCAACUGAAAGAAGCGGCUGAUUUCAGGAAGCGUGAACAGGAUGUUACUUACGAGAGACGAUUGAUGAAAGAACGCGAGAAGGAGGACGAGCUGUACGGAGACAAAGAAAAGUUCAUAACGUCCGCGUACAGGAAGAAGUUGGAGGAAGACGAAAAGUGGAAGAAAGAAGAGCUCGAGCGCGAACAGAGAGAAAAGGAACGAGAGGUACAAGGGAAAUCCGAUAUGACGUCGUUCUAUGCGAACUUAAUGAAUAGAAACGUAGCAACUGGGGGUGAUACCGCGACGCACUCCAGGAAAGCACCCGAGCCUAAACUCGUUCAUUCGCCAGCAGUUGUUGCGCAAAACGAGAAGAAGGAAGAAGAAAAGGCGAAAGCGAUAGAAACGAUCGAUCAAAAGACAAAAGUCUCCCGCGGCGAUGAGAAUAAACUUCCAGCGAAUACGAUAGAAAGAACCACAGGUGACGACAAGAGACUAGUAGAAGAAAAGAGUAAAGAUAACGUGCAAAAAGAAGCGGCUGUCAGAGAGCAAGUUGCGGCUCAAAAGCAAGUAGAUAGGGAGGAGAAGGCUAAGAGUGCUCGUGAGCGAUAUCUUGCGAGAAAACGAAAAGAUCUUGAUAGUUAA